AUUACAGAGCUCUUCCUACCGUGAAUAAACAAACGCGUUUCGGUAUUUCACAUCCUUUGUCCUAUUAGCCUACCCGUAGUUACGUUUAUUGUCAGGGACCAGCGGCGGUGAAAAUGGGCCAGAGUCAAAGCGGAGGACACGGACCAGGAGGUGGAAAGAAAGAUGAUAAGGACAAGAAGAAGAAAUAUGAGCCACCCAUUCCAACCAGAGUGGGCAAGAGGAAGAGGAAGUCCAAGGGUCCUGAUGCUGCUAGCAAGCUGCCUUUAGUCACACCUCACACGCAGUGCAGGCUGAAGCUCCUGAAGCAGGAGAGAAUUAAAGAUUACCUGCUGAUGGAAGAGGAGUUCAUCAGAAACCAGGAGCAGAUGAAACCUCUAGAGGAGAAACAGGAGGAGGAGAGGUCAAAGGUCGAUGACCUGAGGGGGACUCCUAUGUCUGUGGGGACCCUGGAGGAGAUCAUUGAUGACAAUCAUGCCAUCGUCUCCACGUCUGUGGGCUCAGAGCACUAUGUCAGCAUUCUGUCAUUCGUCGACAAAGAUCUGCUGGAGCCAGGCUGUUCUGUCUUACUCAAUCACAAGGUCCAUGCUGUCAUAGGGGUUUUGAUGGACGACACAGACCCUCUCGUUACCGUCAUGAAGGUGGAGAAGGCUCCACAAGAGACGUAUGCUGACAUCGGUGGACUGGACAGUCAGAUACAAGAAAUUAAGGAGUCUGUGGAGCUGCCGCUGACCCAUCCAGAGUAUUAUGAGGAAAUGGGGAUCAAGCCUCCCAAAGGGGUCAUACUCUACGGCCCCCCUGGAACAGGUAAAACCCUCCUUGCCAAGGCAGUGGCCAAUCAGACGUCUGCAACAUUUUUGCGGGUUGUUGGUUCAGAGCUGAUUCAGAAGUAUCUCGGCGAUGGCCCUAAACUCGUACGUGAGCUCUUCAGGGUGGCAGAGGAGCAUGCUCCUUCUAUCGUCUUCAUCGAUGAGAUUGAUGCCAUUGGAACUAAGAGAUACGACUCAAACUCAGGAGGUGAACGUGAAAUUCAGAGAACCAUGUUGGAGCUUCUCAACCAGCUGGAUGGCUUUGAUUCACGUGGAGAUGUGAAGGUCGUUAUGGCCACCAACAGAAUAGAGACCCUUGACCCUGCUCUCAUUAGACCAGGUCGCAUCGACCGUAAGAUUGAGUUCCCAUUACCAGAUGAGAAAACCAAGAGAAGGAUCUUCCAGAUCCACACCAGCAGAAUGACUGUGGCUGAGGACGUGAGCUUGGACGACCUCAUCCUGGCUAAAGAUGACCUUUCAGGAGCUGAUAUUAAGGCCAUCUGUACAGAAGCAGGUCUCAUGGCCCUCAGAGAACGCAGGAUGAAGGUCACCAAUGAGGACUUCAAGAAGUCUAAAGAAAAUGUUUUGUAUAAGAAGCAGGAGGGCACCCCUGAAGGCCUCUAUCUCUAAUCUAAUCUAUCUCCACUUUUCAUGAGAGCGCAGCACUCGUCUCUUGAGUGCACAUUUGGCUAAAAUUUUCGGAUGCUUUUGUCUGCCAAUUUGUUUUAUUUUUGUUAUUGUGAUCAGAAAAUAAAUACUAGAACUGUA